CCACAACGCGUCCCACCGCGCCUCACCGAAACGACCUCCCGCCCGCUUGACUCUGUAAUGUCAACACCACCAAUCUGAACAUCGCCCUGCCUAACCACCUAGUGUCGCCGACAAUCCCAACAAGCACGGCAAUCGAUAUCGCACGAAAUACACACGCACAAUGGAGCAGGGACGGGAAUCAACACUGCUGCAUUCGCAGCCGGAGCUGACGCCGCUGGAAGCCGAGGUCCUGGAGGAGUACGAGAAGCUGGCGGACAAUAUGAAAAAGCUCGCCUCUACACUGGAAGACCUCAGCGGCUCCCCGAGCACCGAGAUCCUUGAUGGCCUGCGUGAGCUGGAGCGCAAAACGAGCCUGGUCUUCACGCUUCUCAAGGCGAGCGUGUACAGCAUAGUGCUGCAGCAGGAAAUCGAUUGGGGCGACCGGGCGGGAAGCCAAGGCAACGACCGGGAGGACGAGGAAGAGUGAGACGCAUCGGGUCUUGGAGAUGGAAGGCCGAGGCCACCAAGUUUGGUGACCUGCAACGACUGCAAAAAUUGGGCGAGACGAGAGACAAAAACACUGGCAGACGAUGAGAUCAUGAGCAGAGGAGAUACCCCACGAAUUAUCAUCAAACAUGGCGCAACGUGCGAGCAUGCCGAUUUCCAGCGCUGUUGCACGUACACCACGACCAGCGUACACUCGAUGGGGAUAGGCUUGUAGUGAUUUGCGCUUUUUCGAACAUUUACAGUGGUAUACAAAGUGGUAUAC